CAUGUUUAUUUGCUUCCUAGCUCCGAAUGAUGAUCAGGUUCCUGUUAGACUGCUUCCCCAGCAGGACGGGAAUUACAAGGUGAAGUGGACGCCAAUCAUGACAGGACGUCAUACAGUGGACGUAUCGUUCGCUGGCCAGCAGAUCCAAGGCAGCCCAUUUUUCAUUGAAGUGUUUGACAUCAACAAGAUCAGGGUGGAUAACUUCUACAGUGGCGGUGUGGCAGAGAUUGCUGGCUUCAGUCUGAACACAUCCCAAGCCGGUCAUGUGGAACACAACAUCCAGGUGAUGAGCCCAACCGGCCGCAGCGUUACUGUGGAGACAAUCGAGAACCGUGUUGGGGAGUUCUCCGUCACAUACACGCCCAGUGAGAUCGGACCUCACAAGAUCUACAUGUCGGUUGGUGGACUCGAGGUUCCAGGAAGUCCCUUCACACAGGAGAUAGGAGAACGUCUUCUACCGAUGGCGCAUGGUGAAGGUUUAUACCAUGGGGAGGAAGACAAGCCUGCCACCUUUUAUAUUGAGUCAGGUGGCAUGGUCGGGGAACCCACCGUCACUGUAGAUGGACCGAAUGCAUUUGCGACAUGCAGUAUAGACCCCCAGACCCAAGGUCGGUACUCUGUGACCUACAUACCCAUGGAAGUCGGCAUGUUCGAUUUGUAUGUCCUGUGGAACGGCAAGAAUAUUCACGGCAGUCCGUUCCACCCGAAGGUGGUUAACCCGCGCAAGGUGCAUGUGGUGGGCGGCUGGCAGCACUACAUGGACUCACAGGAGCGCAUCCUCCUCACUGUCAACAAUGAGAAACAGAUCCCCUUCGACUGCUCCGACGCUGGGCCAGGUAAGCUGCGAGCGGAGGUGAAGGGACCUACGGGCUCCAUCCCGUGUCGUGUUGACGACCACAACGUCAAAAACAGUGUCGUCUGCUUCACACCCAGGGAAGAAGGAAAACAUCAAAUCCAUGUGUACUGGGCAGACAUUCCGAUCAGUAAUUCUCCAUUCCUUGGCUACGCUAUCUCCAAGAUGAUCCUGACAGGCUGGGGACUCAAGGAGGCCAUUGUGCGAGAGGAGGCAGAGUUUAUUAUUGAUGCAUCACAGGCUGGUUCUGGAGAUCCAGAAGUCCAGCUAACAGGGGUCAAGGCUGAGGUCAGUGUGUUCGUGACCCCGCUAGGUGGUGGGAAAUACCGCUGUACCUACAUACCGACGAUUCCUGGAGCCUACUUGUUACACAUCUCGUGGAACACCCAUAAGUUGCGCGACUCCCCCUUCAAAGUGAAUGUGAUUGAUCCAUUUUACCCCAACACGGUCAUUGUUGAAGGUGAAGGACUGAAGGGUGGGUUGCUGGGUCAUGACCUUGACAUCAGGAUUGACACCCGUAAAGCAGGACCAGGUGAGCUGACUGUGUACUGCAGGGGUCCGAACAAAGCAGUUUACUGCGAGCUGGAGGACAACCAUGACGGCACAUACCGGCUGUGUGUGAAGGCGCAGGAGACCGGGCGCCACAUCCUGCAGGUCAAGUACGGCGGGGAGCACGUGCACGGAAGUCCGUUUGAGUUCCAAGUGUCGGCCCAGCCAGGUGCCAGCAAGGUGCAGGUCAGUGGGUCUGGCAUAGAGGACGGUAUCCUAGCAACGUUCAAUAGUCGCUUCAUUGUGGAAACCCAAGGAGCUGGAGCCGGGCAGUUGAUGGUUCGAAUCUGGGGACCAAAACGAGCAUUUCAGGUGGAGAUGUCCCGUGACAGUCAGAAGGACUGCACAUUCCUGUGUCGCUAUGACCCCAUUGAGUGCGGCCUCUACAUCAUCAUCGUCAAGUGGUCAAAGGUCGACGUGCCCGGCUCUCCCUUCCACGUGAAUAUCGUCGACACGCAGGUCGAGCUGAAACAGUAUCUGUCGCCGGUCCAGGUACCCCCGUGGAGAGAAGACAUUGGUGAUGUGGGGACUCACUCUUUCAGGGAUUUUCCCACCGUCAAGUGUUAAGAGUUUAAAAAUGCCAUCGUGAAGUGUUUAAAUACCUUUAGUGUUAUUUUCAUCAGGAACUAUUUUCAGAAUAACCGAUGUUUGUACUGUUGUUUCCAUCACAAACUGUUCUUGAAACUAUUAGGGCCGAUUUCAUAUGUCUAGGUUAUAGGUGGGUUUUGGAAACAUAUGGUUUAAACCUAGGUUAAACCCUGGGUCAUGUUUACUGUGCAUUUCACAUGUCUGGUUUUCAGUAAUCCUAGUUUAACACUGGGUUACAAUUGUAUUGCUUGUUUAAACCUGCCCUUGAGGUGGUUUUUGCUUGGGUUUGCUCAAUGUAACUUUUCUUCAUGGAUAAUUUCGGCAGCAAAAUUGUGUUUUACGUCAGUAUUGCAGAGCCAUGAAAUGUGAACGUAUUUUAGAGAUCAUUUGAACCCACUACAGAAGCUAAUACAGGGUGGGGGUAUACGGGGGGUUCGAACCCCAUACCAUGGGUGUAUGGGGACUCUUUGAUUUAGGGGGGCUGGAGGGGUUGAUUUGCUCGAAAUUUUACCCAGAUAAAAACUGCCCGAAUUUUUCCCACUGUUUUGCCCGAAUUUGGGGGGGCAAUUGCCCCCCCCCCCCCCCCCCCCGGGUCGUACGCCCAUGCCCCAUACCCCUUUAGACAAGAUUCGUGUUUGCCUUCUUUUAGCACGACUGUACAAUUAGAUCCACCCCUUCAUCAUGUUUGAAGCGAACGAACAACAAAGCACCUGAGAUAUAUAGAGGAUAAUAAAUGAGAUACCAGUUAUUAUAAAAUUUAUGUCCCGAGUCAAAUAAUUUUUAGUUGUCGCGAGCUUCAGUGAGUGACAAAUGAAAAGUAUUACCCCAGCUAUGUUUUCUCUAAACGACUUUAUUUUAAACGCACAUGUAGGCUAUAGAAACAAUGUAAACCACUUUACACACUGUUCUGGGUAUUGCUAUAACUUUGCAUUUUAAUCAUGUUCACAGAUAAUUUUCAAAAACAAACAUUAUCGUUAUUCUGCUAAAAAUAUAAAUAAUGAUUUGCGUUAAAAUGACAUUUUGUUAUAAAUUUAACAUUAAAACAGUCGUGAACACACACUCAUCAAACUCAUUUUGUGUGUUUGUCAAAUCGUGAUGAUGUUAUAUUUAGUACCGACAAAAUCAUUGGUUUGGAAGCGUCAAAUCAUCCAGUAAUAUUGUACGUCACACCACUGCAGAAUAUUUCUCAUUGAGAAAAUAUGGAAAAUAUUUUCCCUGUUAUGAGUGGUCACUGGGUAAUAAAUAUAGUUAUUUACUAAAAUGAAAAAUGAACAUUUUCUUCAUUGUAUGAAGUGCACGAAACGGGGAGUACCAGCAUCGGUAUCAAAGCAAUAAACAUCUAUCAUAGACUGCAGUCUUAUAAUGACAUACUUUUGUGUUUGUCUCGUCUUAAUAAAGGGGUAUCAAAGCA